GGGGACGCCCGGCUGGCGGGCAGCCUGCGGCUGGGCUGACGGCCGUGCACCCGGGACUCCCGGGGCCGGGCCAUGGCGUGGCCCUGCAUCAGCCGCGUGUGCUGCCUGGCGCGCCGCUGGAACCAGCUGGACCGCUCGGACGUGGCGGUGCCGCUGACGGUGCACAGCUACUCGGACAUCGAGGACCCCCCGCCGCCGCCGGGCCCACCCCCGGCCGGGCCCCCCGGCUCCCCAGGCCCGCCGAUCACCCAGUACCAGCGGGACUUCGGCGCCCCGCGCCGGGACGCGCAGCCCUGGCCCCGGCCCGGCCCCGGCCCGGGCCCUGGAGGGGGCCGCCGGGAGCGAGAUAGGGAGCCCGCGGCGGCCCCCAGCGUCUAUGUGCUUCCGGGGGGCAAUGGGGUCGAGGCCAGCGACGGGGACCCCCGCUUCCUGAGACUCCGUGCCCCCGCCGACGCCGCCCCCCUGCCGGUCACCACGUCCUACAGACAGGAAUACCGGCCCUGGCCUGGCACCAAGCCUUCAAGACCCAUAAAGACCAAACCAACCUCUAUCAUCGUGACUGACUACACUGUGAGGGAGAGCAGUUACCGGGCUGACUUCAAGGUCCCAGAAGGAAGGAGAAAGUUCUCGCCUAACCCCUCUGCUGUCUUUCAGGCCUCACCUGCUCCUGUUCUGCAUGUGUGACCAUCCACACCUGCCCCUUCUGGCGGCAGGAGGGGCAUAGAUGGCAAAGAGGAUAAGUGUGCUUAAGCCCACUGUGAUGCAGCCCAUGGGGGUCAGCAAGGGUGCACCCCCCGUGGGCUCUUGGCCUGUAAAGGCGCCAGCAGUCAGAAAGUGGCCGCAGCACACCUGUCUAUGCCCACGCAUGCUUACACUGUUGGGUAUAUCCCCAGCCUUGCUGGGACCAGGCUCAUGCCUUGGUGACCCAGGACUUCUGUUCACAAAUGACCAAACCUACUUGUGGGCAGAGACCCAAGAACACCCGCAUGGAAUGCAGGAACAAAAAUGUCCCCAAAGUGCUCAUUCUCCAAUCGCCAAAGCAAGCCGUGGAGUACUCAGCUCCCCAAGUCUUCCCCACACUAGUUCUGCUGUUUUUCAAAGGCUCACCAUGCCAGGAAUUUCACCUUCAUUUCAAAGCCAGGAUGGGGCCUGAUCUUUCCUAAAGAACACCUUCUAACUGGCCUUCAUUUCUGAAAUCUGAAGGAAUGAGUGAGAAGGUGACCCCCAACAGCCCGAACCCGUGCAAGACUCCCCAGGAUCAGUUCGAUGGGAUUUUUACUUCCUCUAUUCCCCAGAUCUCUGCUGAUUUCUUAUGGAUUUUCCACAACAGAGACAGUGGCCAUUUUUUUCCAGAGGAAAAGCUCUUGGCUUUUCUGAUAAAUGACUCUGCACAUACACAUUGUACAAUAAAUGUAUUGCCCUGAAAGCCUAAUUUAUUGCCUGCGUGUUAGUUAAGUGAAUCCUAAGUAACCAGAAAUAAUUCCUCUAAAGCAGUAGAAUCACCUUCAUGGAGCUGCCUUUUGGAAGAUGCCCGUUUUAAAUCUCCUUUUGGACAAGAUGCACUUUUGAUUCCUCGGUAAAGGGAACUCCCUCCACAAAGUCAGGUUGUGCUUCUUCUGAAAUUAAUAGACUUCAUUCUAGUGCUGUUGAGGCCCUACCAUGGGUCAUCUAUAGCCAGGAUUGGUCAUAGGCAGGGCCUGAACCCAAGUAUUCCUGGCUCCAAACCCUGCUUUCUACCACUAGGCCACCCUGCAUUUCUUUAGCAGUGAGGGCUAGGGGAAGAACACAGGCCCUCAAGUUAGAGUGUCUGCAUUCUCCAGACCUGCCUCUGAUACUGCUUGUGUGAACUUGGUCAAGUCACUGCACCUCCCUUUGCCUCAGUUUCCUCCUCUGUAAAAUGGGAGGGUUGAACCAAAUGGCAUCUGAGUUCUUUCUAGCUCUGGCGCUAUUCCUUAAGUUAUAAAAGAUGAUAAGAAUAACAGCAUUUUAAGCUUUAAAAUUUAUAUAGAAAUGUGUUACUUCAACUAUUAAUUUAAUGUAAAUUAUUAUUUAACUUUCUGAACAAAGCAUGAAUUAUAGUCACUCUUCUAAUUGCCCCAUUUUUAACAAAGCAUUUCUUUGGAUUCUAUCAUUGGGGUGGGUUUAGAUCAAAUGGUUACUGCUGGUGCUGCUGUGGGGACAGUGUUUGGAGCCAACAAUUUGGGGACCCAGAGACCAUGUCUUAAAAUAGUACAUCCUGGCAUCCCCAAGGCCCAGGGCUCGAACCUUUUAUAUGCUGCAGGAUCGUGUCCAUGCCCUCAGCUGGGCAUGGCCAGGCUAAGACUUGAAGCCCCAGAGUGAGCAAAUGCUACCUGUUGAGGUCUGUUUGCUCAUCAAUCUUGCCCUACCUUUGCUGGAGGAUUCCUUGGGUAGCUAGCUGACUCGAGCCAGAGUUGGCAGGAAUGACCUUGGGCUGACCUCGGACUCUUUCUACUUAUUUCUGGAAUAAUGUUCACACUCUAGCUGACCUGAUUGGCACCUCCUUAGGAGUGACUAAGAACUCCGACCCGCUUCAAGCUUAAUUCCUGUCAGUUUCCUUUAAGAGAUCUUACACAGUCCAAAAGACAUUUAUGAAGCUUUUCAGUUUAAACUUUAGGUAAAAAUUGGAAGCAUGCAUAUGUAUCGAAAGCAUGACCUUAUAGCAUGUGAACCUGCCCUCUAAGUCUCCAUCCUGCCCAAGUUAUUUGUCCAAGACUCUCUUCCCAUCUUCAGUCUCUCUCUUCUUGGUCUUUCAGGACUACCACUGAGGCUCCAGCCAGGCCACUGGGCAGUGAUGGAGUAAGACAUGUGGACUGUAUUAUUACCCUCCCUCAAAAAGGGGUCCCUCCAGGAGGUGUCCCUGUAUUGCUGAUUCAUAUUCCUGCUUCCUUGUUGUUAUAAAACUUUUGUGGGAACAUCAUGUGCAUUAAGGGUACAAAGCGGCAGAAAGGAAAGGGCAGAUUUUUAUAGACGUAAUUGCUGCUGUAGUGCCACACCCAGCCAACUGACCAGGUCACUCAACCAGCAUGUGCCAGAAAAAGGCAAAGCAACACCCUUCCUUCCCUCAAGGUGCUUACAUUCUAAUGGGGAAGACAACAGGUAUGCCUGGGAGUUGAUGUGUCUGGUGCGCCAAAUAGAGGGAGCAGGAGCCGCUGAGUGGGAGCAGAAGGUGGAAUAGAAGGUGGUGCUUGAACUGAAUCUUGAAAGACUAUAGCACUAGAGAGGCUGAGGUAAGGAGGGAGUACCUUCUGGGCACAGCCAGAGGGAUGCCCUAUUGAUAGGGAGAUUCUCUGAGUGUUCUGUUAACAGAUGCCAGAUUGACUUGAGUCUUAGAACAGUAGAGGGCCUUUCCCUCCUGACCAGGACACUUAAAAGAGAUCAGCCUGGGGAUCCAUCCACACAGGAAAACUGAAGUGGAUGAAGAACACACAUUGCUGAGAUUAGGACAGACGGGUAGGCAGUCCGCAAUAGAACGGGAUGAAGAGAACACCCUGAAUUGCAUUUGGGAAAAUGUGCAGUAUUUCCAAUGAUUCUAAGCCUUCUUUUUCUGUUGGGGUCUAUUAUUUUACUUUCCAUAUUCUCCCAGCACAAAUCAGAGAAUGCCACCGGCUUGGAAGAUCCACACACCAGGCGAUCCACAGAGCAAAGGAAAGGCAUGGUAGGCAUGAAGAAGUUAUAGCAUGUGACCAAAGAUGACCCAGAUGCAGGGAAUGAUGGGAAGGAUUUGAUCCAUGACAGAUGACUGACAAAGAGAUGAGAUAAGUCAAACAGCAGCAGGGAAGGAUGACUGAUGGGCAGAAAUGUUAGAAGAUUUUGAGGAAGGUCUCACAUGUUGGGGCUGAAUCCUCUAUGAAUGACUUGGGGGAGGUCAUGGACAAGAAUCCCAAGGUUGAGAAGGGUGGUGAUCUGUAUUAGUGGAGGGAGAGUGAUACUAAUGAAAGCACAGAAAUAUAUGUGCAUCAACCACCAUUUGGUGACAACUAAUUGGAUAAAUGAGUUAAACAUUUUAUGACUUUAUAUAUGAUUUGAGCAUAAUGAAGUAAUUUUUCAGAGAUACUACAUUUUUCCUUUCUCUUUCUAUUCUAUUGUCAUGGUGGAUAUUCGAGAUGAUUAUUUUGUGUUAUUGGAAAAAAUACAUUAUUUUGUCAAGAUAUUAUUUCACUUAGUGAUUGUGACCUUUUCUGAAAUUCCUUCUUUGUAUAGUUGUUGGUUUCAUUCAAUUUGCAAUUGUUAUUAUGUUUGUACAUUUUAAAUCUAGUCUUUCUUUUACAACUCUUAAAGUGGUUAUGCUCUAAAAACAAAACCAGAGCAGUAUUAAUAACAUUUAUAAAACUAGCUUAGAAGUAAAAUUGAAGAAUAAUUAAUGUUUUCCAUUUGAA